AUGGCCACCAACGGCUCCAACGGAACCUUCUCCCACCACCACGCUGCAUCCACCGACGCCGCCAUUCAGGCCGAGAAGGAGUAUGCCGCCCACAACUACCACCCGCUGCCGGUCGUCUUCGCGCGCGCUCAGGGAACUUCUGUCUGGGAUCCCGAGGGCCGACACUAUCUCGACUUUCUUUCAGCCUACUCUGCCGUGAACCAGGGCCACUGUCAUCCCAAGUUGGUUGCCGCCCUGGUUGAACAGGCUUCCCGUGUGACGUUGAGUUCCCGUGCAUUCUACAAUGACGUAUUCCCCCGGUUCGCCGAGUUUGUUACCCGCUACUUCGGCUUCGACAUGGUCCUGCCCAUGAACACUGGCGCCGAGGCAGUCGAGACGGGAAUCAAGAUCGCCCGCAAGUGGGGUUACAAGGUCAAGGGCAUCCCGGAGAACGAGGCCUUGGUUCUCAGCGCGGAGAACAAUUUCCACGGUCGCACGUUCGCCGCCAUCUCGUUGUCAUCCGACCCGGAGUCGCGCGAAAACUACGGCCCGUAUCUGCCCAACAUCGGGUGCACGAUCCCCGGCACGAACAAGCCCAUCGCAUACAAUGAUAAGGCUGCGCUGCGCGAGGCCUUUGAGAAGGCCGGCCCUACACUGGCGGCGUUCCUCGUCGAGCCAAUCCAGGGCGAGGCGGGCAUUGUCGUGCCGGAUGAGGACUACUUGCGCGAGGCUCGCGCACUCUGCGAUCAGCAUAACGUGCUCCUGAUCUGCGACGAGAUCCAAACAGGUAUCGCUCGCACGGGCAAGCUACUGUGCCACGAAUGGAGCGGGAUUAAGCCCGACUUGGUCUUCCUGGGUAAGGCCAUCUCCGGGGGCAUGUACCCCGUCUCGUGCGUGUUGGGUUCCAAGGACGUUAUGCUUACAAUUGAGCCUGGCACCCAUGGCUCGACCUAUGGCGGCAACCCCUUGGGCUGUGCUGUCGCCAUUCGCGCCCUUGAGGUGGUCCAAGAAGAGCACAUGGUGGAGCGCUCCGAAAAGCUCGGGCAGGUGUUCCGAGCCGGGCUGCGGGCCAUCGACAGUCCGAUCAUUCAGACCGUGCGCGGCAAGGGCCUGCUCAACGCUGUGGUGAUUGACGAGUCCAAGACCAAUGGUCAUACUGCCUGGGAUCUGUGCAUGCUGAUGAAAGAAAAGGGAUUGCUGGCCAAACCCACUCACCAGAACAUCAUCCGCUUGGCUCCGCCGCUUGUUAUCACCGACGAGGAGAUUCAAAAGGCCCUGAAAAUCAUCGAGGAGGCUGUCAACGACCUCCCAGGGCUCAAGGGUGCCGCGGAGGACCAAGUCAUUCCGCCGCCGGAGAAGAAGGUGAAGAUCGGAGUAGAGAACUAG